AGUCGUCGCUCAGGUGUCCGGAUCAGACCCGGUGAGAAGAGGAAGACCAGCUCCGUUACCGGGUGUCAGACUGGUGGGCUUCAUGUGCGCGUAAGCCGUUUUGGAUGAAUUUGUUCCGGAGCGUGCGCCAUGCUGAGCACCAUUAAAAUGGAGGGUCACGAGCAUCAGGACUGGAGCGGGUACUACUACGGAGAGACGGAGUGCUUCUCUUCAGCUGCAAACAUCAGCUGCGUGAACGCGCCCAGUAUGACCGGAGCUUGCCACAUGAACGCGCACAAUGUGAACACGGUCGGGAUGUCGCGGAGCCCCGAGGCGGCCCUGCAGGGCGUCGCGCUGCCGCCCACCAUGAGCCCCAUGGCCCCGCCGCCGCAUGGCGGGGCCACACCGGGGAUGAGCUCCGGGUACGGAACGGCCUGCAGCCUCUCAGCCCGGGACCCCAAACAGUACCGGCGGAACUACACGCACGCCAAGCCGCCGUACUCGUACAUCUCCCUGAUCACCAUGGCCAUCCAGCAGUCCGGGACCAAGAUGCUGACCCUGAACGAGAUCUACCAGUGGAUCAUGGACCUGUUCCCGUUUUACCGGCAGAACCAGCAGCGGUGGCAGAACUCCAUCCGACACUCGCUGUCCUUCAACGACUGCUUCAUCAAGGUGCCGCGCGCACCGGACAAACCGGGGAAAGGCUCCUUGUGGGCCCUCCACCCGGACUCGGGGAACAUGUUUGAGAACGGCUGCUACCUCCGGCGGCAGAAGCGCUUCAAGUCCGGGAAGAGGGCCGGUUCCGGUUCCAGCGACCGGGGGUUGGCGGGUAAGUCCAGGUCCGAGGCGUGCAUCUCGGGUCCGGACUCCCCCACGUCGUCCUCACCUCCUCCGGCCUCUGCCGUGACGGUGGUCCACCUGAAGGCUCACCGGGGCGCACCGCUGACCCGCAGCCCCGCGCUGCCUCCUCCUCUCCCGCACAGCCCGCACAUGCUCCACCACCACCAUCCUCAUCCUCACCCUCAUCCGCUGCUGCUGCACGAGGCUGCGCACCGGAAACCGGACCACUACCAGCCCCACUACGCCUUCAGCCACCCGUUCUCCAUCAACAACCUCAUGUCGGAUCCGCAGCACCACAAGCUGGAGCCGCGCGGAUACGGCGGCCCGGUGUCCGGCCUGGACGCCGCUCACACCGACACCGGAUACUACCGCGGCCUGUACGGCCGCUCCAUCAUCAACUCCACCUGAAACCAGUCCGAGCAGUCAGAGGAAAACCGGAACAGACCCUGCAGACACGUUCAUGCGCCUUUCAGAUAAAAACGCUUCUGGAAAACCUCGUUGUGGUUUUUCUUCUCUAAACGGUCAAACUUUCCCAAAACUUCAGUUUCCAGUUUGGAGCCUUCAUCAUCCUCAUCAUCCUCAUUCAGCUUCAUCCUGCACACCUCCUCCUGAAGCUGGACCACGAUGCAGAGUCCAGGUCGUUCAGGCCUGAAGGACACUCCUCAUUUCCUCCUCUGCUGGAUUUUAUUAUUGACUUUAAUACAGAUGAAAACCAACUUUAAGGC